UGACAGCCGCUGCCAUUCAUGAGCUGUAAUGUGAAUGAAGACGGAUUUUCUCCUCCAUCUCACAUCAUCACCACCAUCAUCAUCACCAGUGCCGGGUCACGUGGUGCGUCGGGGGAGCGGGCGGUGGGUGUGUCCAAUCGCGUGUGGUUUCAUUCAUAACUACAGUCUUCAUUUGAAGCCCGAAUUAAAGUAUGCAGACGGGGCAGGCAGCCUGUGGACCGCUUCUCACGGAGUGUACAGCUGGGCUGAGAGCACGCGACGCAGAGAUGUGGGACAGCCCUGACCGGCAGCUUUUCGGAGGAGAGAGGAAGAUGCUGCCGAUGCUGAUGCUGAGGCUGCUGCUGCUGCUGCUGAGCGCCGCCGGCUGCAGCGGCUCGCUGUAGGGAAGCUGCUUCCAACACCGCCCGUAUAGACCGGUUCACCCACGCUGACCUGGACCAUGAGCAAUGAUUUGCCUGUUCUGACAAGUCUGACUGAGAACUCCACUGAUGUGCCUGUGUCGACGGGCCAGGUGGAGAACUAUGUGCUGCUGUUGGUGCUGCUGAGUGUUUUUGCCGGGGGGACGCUGGUCCUGCUCUCCCUGCUGCUGCUCUUCUGUCACCGCUGCUGCAUGGGUGGACGACGCUACUCCAGAGCGAGCGAUGACCCUGAAAAGACAAACACCACUUACGCUGAAGAUUCUCAGCCCACCCAAGAGAUCACCAUUCGUCUGGAUGAAUCAGACGCUCUCUCAGCUACAAGCUGUCAUGAUGGAGAGUCGGAGCGAUUCGUCUCCACUGGGUCUACUGGCCGCAGAGUCUCCUUCAACGAAUCUGCACUCUACGAACAGGAGAAGACAACGCAGGACAAAGGACGCAGGUACACUCUCACUGAGGGAGACUUCCACCACCUGAAAAAGGCCCGGCUGACCCACCUCCACCUGCCUCCGGCCCCGUGUGACCUGAAGAUCCUCACCAUCAUGGAGUGUGACUCAACAGAGAGCAGCACCAUCAACAUCAGUGAGACUCGACCUCCCAAGCUGCCCCUCACCAUCUACCAGCCCACUGAGAGAAGAAUCCCUGACUGGAUGGGACAGAGCAUCAGCGGAGGUCUGCCAGGAGAUCCGCACCACUCCAUCAUCCUGGACCAGGGCCCCAUGCAGGCCUCAUCAGCCAUGAAAACACAGCACACACGCUCCCAGACAAUGGAGGCUAUCGGGGACAGGGCAGAGGCUGAGAGCGAACGGGGGAUGAGAGGAGAAUCGACUCAAGCUCCAGGCCAGACUUCAGUUCUACAUUUCUUCACUAAACUGCGGCGCCAUGCGAGUCUGGAGGGGGCUGGGCCUUAUUUCAGGAGGUGGAAGUUCGACAGCAGCCACCGGGCUGCCAGUCUAGAUGCCAAAGGAUCCCCCAAGAGAAGGCCCUUCCAGAGACAGAGAGCAGCAAGUGAAACCACUGAUCAUACAGAAGAUGACUCUUCUCCUCUGCGAGAUGACAUUGAGUCUUUCCCACACACUCCCAUCCAAACCAGUGGCCUCCAGUCUCUGUCUGCAGAGUCUCUGUCUCACCCCGCCAGUGCAUCGACAUCCUCAGUCUUCCUCAGCAGGCUACAGCUGGAGGCCAUGGUGGAGGUAGGUGGCAGGAGAGAGGAACCAUGUUUGCCAACAGAUGAUUGUCACGUCCAAAGACAAGAGGAAGCCAUACGCAACAGAUCAAGAGUAGAGAAAGAAACAAAGUUAGGUGCAGUCAAAAGGACAGAAGCCACAGGAGUCGGGCUUGAAUCUCUAGAAGAUGACGACUUGUUUGGGCCACAACGAGAAGCUGCCAUUCAGGAAAGGUUUGAAGACAUGUUAAGAAAAACUACAGACACAAAAACAGACGGUGCAACAUCAGAUGUGAGGAAAAAGAGUGAGAUGGAGGUAGAUGAAGGAGAUGAGGUGGUGUUGGGGGCUGAGGCCAGACGAAGGACAGAUUCAGGUUCUUCUUUUUCCUUCAUGAUUCGCCAAGAGAGCUUGGAGGCCCCUCCCUCACUUUACAGAGACAUUUGGAGCUUGCGAGCCUCUUUGGAGCAAUACGCCUCCUCAGACCAGAGUAGUACAGACCGGGAGUCCAUCCGCAGUGAUGCUGACAGCGUGUCGUCCGUAGGCGGUGCAGGAGCUCGCUCUGGCCUGGACAGCUGUUUGUCCCAAGACCUGGAUGAUGAGCCUGAAGGUGAAGGGGAUGGAGAGGCGUUGGAGGGAGGCAUUAGAGGGGCGUCAGGUGGGGACAGUGAGAUGGGAAGUGGAGCUGGAGGAGAGGGUGAGGCGGGAAACCGGAAACUUCUUCAGAUGGACAGCGGCUAUGCCUCCAUUGAAGCACCAUCCAGGGCACCUGAGGAGAUGCGGCUUUUCGGGACUCCUGGAGCACCUCGAGGCAAGACGGCGUCUGAGAGGAGGUUGUUCUUCACCAGCUCGGGGAGGAAAGGUUCAGUGUGCGAGAGCAUCGAGGCCCGGCUGUUUCAGGAGGAGCUGGAGGAUGAGAUGGCAGACAGCACAGAGAAAGAAGAGAAACUAAAGGAGAGACCUCAAACUGGCAGCCAGUCGCUCACCUUCCAAGAACCAUAUCAACUUAUGAAAUCCCUUCAUCCUCAGAAACCUCCGGAAUCACAAUCACAGCUAAUGUCUCCUCUGACAAAGCCAAUCCCUCAGCCCUCUAGUCCUCACCGACCUCGCCUCCGCCGCCGAGACUACAGCAUCGAUGAGAAGACAGACGCUCUUUUCAACGAGUUCCUCCGUCACGAUCCACGGUUCGACCAGCAGGACUCUCCGCUGCGCUCCAGGCACCGAUCCAGAGUUCACCUCCGGAAGCAGUGGCAGAGACACAAGCAAUACAGUGACCCAGGGUCAAGCGCAGGAGGAAGGUACUCCCCAUCUUUGGAGAGGCAGAGGUUUACUCCGCUGCGGAGAGGUGACAGCGCCGGUUAUCCACUGGACACCAGAUAUCACAGCACACUCUCACGCAUAGCGAGCGCUGCCGAUGAAGAAGCCAGCGAAGUUGCGGCUUGCGAAGAAGCAGCCAAAGAGAGCGCAGAGAACAAAGACCCAUCAAGUGAAAGAGUUGCUGGGGGAGCCACAGAAAAUACAGCUGACACAACCUCUCAAGGCACCAACACAACGAGUUGUGCAGAGUUGGCUGGUGAGGCCGACGGUUGCCAAGUUUCUACAAAUAUAGACACAAAAAGCACAAGCAGCCAGUUGCCGACCACUGGGACAAGCCACAUGGAUCCGAAAGUCGACAACAGAAACAACAACAGUAGUCAAACUAUCCUAUCAGAGGUUUCCCUGCAGUCAGAGAGCAGCCUGACAGACAAGCUGGUCGUGUCAGUGGAAGAAAGGCUUUACGGCGGCCUGCGGAGUGCAGAGAAGCUCGGCCAGGGAGGAGCAGAGCGUGUGCUUACCGUGUCUCACACAGCCUCGCCUGGCUUCAGUCCCAUAUAACUUGUCAACGAUGUCAUCUCCUUCAUCGACUUUAUUUCAUGUCCGUUGUCUAUAGACCUCAGAUUUACAGACUUGAACAAAAUGGUCUAUAGCACUUUAAACAUUGUCAUGUGUUAGACACUUGGUCAGUCGUAAGAUUAAUAAAAUAGUCACAUACAUAUUCUAAAGGACAGCAGUACCUUAUUGAUGGCCAGUCUCUUCCAGUAUUUCCAUUCAGACCUUAUUUUCCACUGUGACGCCAUGUGCUGUGUCAUGUGAUGCCCCUUUUUAUUUUCUAAAAACUCAAAUGCAUUCAUUACAUAGCUUUGAAAAUAUAGAUCCAUACUUUGCCUCCAUCUUUAGAAAAAUUCAAAUAUUUUCAGACAUAACUGUGAAUUUUGAGCAUGCUACUGUAUGUCUAAACAACUUGUAUGUGAAUACUGUACAGUUUUAACUCUAAAACAAAAAGCACUUUGAUGGGAAGAAUGAUAUUGAUGGAGUUUGUCACCCAUUUCUCUCAUUUAAACUCAUAUCCUCCUCAAGUGUCCUUCUUGUCUCGAUCACCAUGAGGGUAAAUGUCUCCCUGAGAGCUGUUGUGUCUGUAUACCAUGUCAAAAAAAAAACCUAUUAUAAUUCUUCAGUGCUUGCAACCCCCUCUCAUUAACACCAUAUCAGCAGAUCGGGCUUGUCCUAGAAGUAAAAACAGAUGGGAUACCCAAACUAUACAUCAACACUGUGGUUGAAAAUAUGAGCAUCAAACAUUUUUACACCCAUAUUUCAUGUAUUUUUAUAGAUUUUUGUAAAUCAUCCGUCCCUGUUAGGCAUCUUAAUUAAGGAGUUGGAGUCUGGGAGCUUCUGGGAGCUCGAGCUGAGAGUUGUGUCACUGCUGGGACUCUGCUGAGGGGGAGACUGUCAGAUAUUUCAAGUCACUGACAAAGGAGCCUCUCAGGCUUUUAGACAGAUGGUCCAGUGACAGAGUUGAGAUUGUGAAAGUGGAGGUUAAAACUCCGUACCAGCAGCAUUAGUUACUCCUAAAUCCCACCAGAAUGAGUCUAUAUUAUCAAUAUCACGAUAAAGCCGAUGACAUUCUCUAUUUUCCUUAUUGUCAACAAAUAGCAUGAACAGACCAAAAACAAAUUAAUUAAUCUAUUAAGAAUUACCUGUGUAACCAAAGUCGAAUAUAGCUUACUCAUCAGUGCUACAAACCUCCAUUGUUGUCUUAAAACUAUUAAAAACAUGCUGACAUGAACACAGCUACUGAAGUUUAUUUUCAAUCAAUCCCACAAACACUGUCCUGCUGCCGUAAAUACCAACACACCAAAUGUGUAGUCAUCCGCAGCUGAAAAUAGUCCCCCAAAAGUUCACUAUUUUACUCCAGUUUGAGUAAUAGAACAACUAAAGUGCCCAGCUGUUUUAUUUUAUUUUUCCUUGGGAAAAAAAAAGUAUACAUUUACUUGGAUGUCGAAAAUUACUGAGAGAUGGACUAACACAUUAGGUUUUUGUAAUUCAUGGGUUUUGUUGACAUUAAGAAAAACAGAGAAUAUUUUAAUUGAUAUUCUGUCAAUAUACUUCUUUAUAUGUCAGGGUUGAAACAAUUAUUAUUCUGCGGAUAAUUUAUUAUCUGCUGAUAAUAGAUCCAAAGGAGAAGUCCGUAAAUUUCUGUUAAAAAACAAGAUCAAUUUACAAGCUUUUCCCAAAGCGUCUUCCUCAGUCUGAGCAAACUAUUCACUGAGGAAGAUUGUGAGCUGUAGUUGAAAGCUCCAGAAGAAGCUUUUUAACUAGACCUGAAGUUAAUAUCUUUUUUUUAAGUUAAUAUCUUUUCUUGUUAAACUUCUGUUCACACUCAACUUAAGAAUGUCUUGUUUUGUCAAAUUCAUCAGUUUCAAGGUUUUUAAUUUAUGGCAUAAAACAGAGAAAAUCAGCAAACCCUCACACUGGAGAAGCUGAAAUAAUUUAUCCAUUAUCAAAAUAGUUGCAAAUUAAUUUUUUGUUGAUGGACCAAUUCAUUAAUCAGCUAAUCAUUGUAACUCUAAUCUGGAGUUAUAAUCCAGUGUCAUUUAGUCUCAAACUGAACAGCUUUCAUCCCACUUUAUAUCUUCCAGUAUGAAUGGAUGUGAAGUGUAAUUCAUUCUACAUUCAUGUCAAAUUUCAUCUCUUCAACAUGAGCGCGCUGCUGUAUGUUAUGAUGUCACCUGGGAAACUGCAGCGGUAGGUACGCUGUGCCUACGAACUGCAGAACAGCUUGUCCUUUUUCCUUUCACACAGACCUUGGUUUGAGCAGUGUGUGUAUAACGGUGUGUGUAUAUCUUAUGAAACUCACGUCUUUGUCCACAUUCAUGGUGAACCAUCUGCUUUAUAGUGAGAUGAGUCAUGCAGAAAAUUCAAAUGUCUUUCAGCCUUGACAAAGAUUAGACCUUGUGGGACCAACUGAGGCACAUAUUCAUUUUUGGUCUUGACAUUUUUCUGAAUAAAAAGUGGAAAAAAUAUAUUAGCGACUCCCUCCCAUUGAUGAUUUUAUACUGUCGUAAUGUGAAUCAUGUAAGCUGAUGUCUGUAAACUGUCAGAACAGCAAAAUCUUCCCCAUGAGAAGAAAAACGUCAGGAACAGUAUGUGUCCUCACAUACUAAUCAUAUUCUCAUCAUCCUCACCGCGCUGCUCCUCCUAUGUCUCGUUGAACAGAGAACCUCUCUGUCGACCUUGCUGACGUAGGAAGCUCUGCACUCUCCCUCCCUCGGUUGUGACUCACCUGCUCCCUGAUCUAUUCCCAGCGAGGGGCUGAUGAUGGGCCUGGCUGCGUAAGAGGGGAUGGGGGGGAUGGGGGAGGGUGGGCAGGGCUCCCGUUGAUGUGAUCAGCACAACAAAGAGCAUCGCUGGAAAACAGGCGACUGGCUGAUUGUGGCGGCCCACCGCCUGCAGCUGAGCGGCAUCGGUUCUUGAUAUUCUAGGAUCUGACUACAAACUGGUCGACAUCAGAGAAAGACACUGUGGCGAUAGAAGAGUGUACCUAUAUAGGGUGUGAGCUUUUAAAAAAGGACACACAAAAUAAUAAUAAUAAUAAUAAUAAUAAACAAAAACAAGGACGUAAACCAUUGAGCUGUAUUGCAUAAUAAAAAUAUGCUCAACUCAAAGUUAAACAGGAAGGAUCAUCCAACAAAACAGCCUGUUUGGGACAUAUUUUAUAUAAAUAAUAAUUAAAAAAUAUUCAUUGGAAAAAAGAAAAAGAGAAAAAACCUAAAUGGAAAUCAAAAAUCCCCAACAGGUCAGCGGUGGAUUUCAAGGCUUCAGUCUGUCCGUCUGUCCACAAACCAAACACUUUCCCUUUCUUCCAGCUCUGUACAGCAUGCAGUUUUUAUGUUGGUGGUAGUAGAGUACUAUCAUAAUUAUUCGCAUCAUAGAUUUAAAUAUAGAAUUAUUCAUAACUUUUGUUCUCUUUUUUUUCUCUUUAAUUUUUUUUUUUUUUUUUUUUUUUUUUUUAAUACACA